AUGCGACAACUUUUUCUGAUCUCAUCAUUGCUUUCAAUUUCCACAUCUCGUUAUAUUCUUUAUGAUGGUGGCGAUGGUGGUACUGUAUUUCAUCGACUAUUCAAAUCAGAUCGUAAAAUUACCGAACGAGAGCUGAACAACUAUUUGACGGUGAUGAAAAAUUAUCCAGAGUACGUCCCGAAAGAAAUACAGCGGAUAUUCCGAAACUUAUCCUCAAGAGCAACUAGAGAUUUGCUCACAUUCGUGAAUGAAAUACGUGGUGACUAUAUCGAACUAUCCACGGAUCCUACAGAGAAUUUUGAGAUCAUACAAAUUAGGGUACCUGAGCUAGGAAUCAAUAUAAACCCAGCACUAAGCCAAUUGGUGAGGACAAUUGGAAAGUUAUCAACAAGAAGUAAAGAGACAUUUCAUAAGUUCUGGAUAAUGUUCUUCGAGUCCAUAUCUGCUCCAAAUCCGAUCCGUUCAAUGUUUCUGUCGGGAUUCUUUGCUGAAUUGCUAAACUCAUUCAGAAAUGCUGAUUACGCUACGCUAAGGGAAAUCUAUUAUGUCUCACCAGAAACGUAUCGAUUAUUAAAAAGCGACUUUGCAAAAGAAUUCGCCUAUGCAGCUCAGAAAUUUUCUAGAAAUGAGCAAAGGAAAAAAGAAUCCUUUGAAGAUAUGGACGGAUUUUAA